CCCGCCUCCCCGGCGGCUGUCACGGGGCGAGCGGGCCGCGCCGGGCUCCUGCGGGGCGGGGGCGGUGCUGUGCGGGGCCCCGCGGCUUCCCCCUCGGCCUGGCCGUGGCCGCCCGGCGGCAUCCGGGCUCCGCCACCAUGUUCAGGCGGAUUCUGCAGCGGACUCCAGGUAGAGGUGGGUCUCAGAGCUCGGAUUCAGAUUCAUCUGCCACACCAGGAAAUGCCGUGGACGUGAACAACGAAGGCUCCUCUGAGGGCUUCAUCUGUCCACUAUGUAUGAAAGCAUGUGUAACUCCCACUGAUCUGUCUGAACAUUACCAGAAUGAGCACACUGGGACAGAAAGAAGACAGGAGCUUCGUGACCUCCCAGCCGUUACUGGCUUUAUUUGUCCUCUCUGUAUGAAGUCUCAUGGAUCAGCUGAGGAGCUGUUCAAGCACUAUGAAGCAGUUCAUAAUUCUGGCAGUGAUUCAACUCAUGGAGGGGAAGGUCAUCUGUCACCGGAAAGAGAUGAAGUAUCACUGCUCCGACAAGAAGUCCAAGACUUGCAAGCCUCACUGAAGGAGGAGAGGUGGUAUUCAGAAGAGCUGAAGAAAGAACUAGAGAAAUUGCAGGGGCAGCAGCAGCAAGAUUCUAAGUCUGAUGGAUUGACAACGUCUACAUCUACAGAAUCAUUAGAACGGCAACUAGAAGAGAUCCAAGUAGAAAAUUUUAACAUUAAGCAAAUGAAAGACUUAUUUGAGCAAAAAGCGGCACAACUGGCCACUGAAAUAGUGGAUCUUAAAUCAAAGUAUGAUGAAGAAAUCAGCCUUCGGGAGGGUGCCGAACAGAAAGUGACAAACCUGACACGAGAACUGCAGGAGGAGAGGAGUACAGUGGAAGACUUAAAGACAGAGCUGCUACAAAGGCCUGGUGUGGAAGAUGUGGCUGUCCUGAAAAAGGAGCUGGUCCAAGUUCAGACGCUGAUGGACAAAAUGACUCUGGAACGUGAGAGAGAAUCUGAAAAGCUGAAAGACGAGUGCAAGCACUUGCAGGCAGAGCAGGCUAACUCGGAGGCUACCAUUAACCAGUUAAGAGCUGAACUUGCCAAAGGACCUCAGGAGGUAGCUGUGUAUGUUCAGGAGCUGCAAAAACUUCAAAGUUCAGUCAAAGAGCUAGAACAGAAAAACCAGAGUCUGACUGAGAAGCUGCUGAAGAAAGAACAGGACUACACCCAGCUAGAAGAAAAACACAAUGAAGUAUCUGUGAGUAAGAAGAACGUGCAGGCAAGCUUUCACCAGAAGGACCUGGACUGCCAACAGCUUCAGGCAAAGCUGUCUGCAUCUGAAGCCUCGAUACAGAGAUUACAGACGGAGCUAGGUGAGAAGGGGGAAGCAAGCCAGAAACUUAAAGAAGAGUUGUCCGAAGUUGAGACCAAGUACCAGCAUCUCAAGGCAGAAUGUAAACAGCUCCAGCAGCAGAGGGAGGAAAAAGAGCAGCAUGGCCUGCAACUGCAAAGCGAGCUCAGUCAGUUGCACAGUAAACUUCUAGAAACAGAGCGCCAGCUAGGGGAAGCGCAUGGGCGGCUCAAGGAACAGAGGCAGUUGUCUAGUGAGAAACUCAUGGACAAAGAGCAGCAGGUGGCUGAUCUGCAACUUAAACUUUCUCGUGCUGAAGAGCAGCUAAAGGAAAAAGCAGCAAGUUCCACAGAAUUGCAACAUCAGUUAGAUAAGGCAAAACAGCAGCACCAGGAACAGCAGACACUUCAGCAAAAUACUACAGCAAAACUACGAGAAGCCCAGAAUGAUUUGGAGCAAGUACUACGACAAAUUGGAGAUAAGGACCAAAAAAUUCAAAAUCUUGAGGCUUUGCUUCAAAAAAGCAAAGAAAACAUCUCUCUGCUAGAAAAGGAAAGAGAGGACUUAUAUGCAAAAAUUCAAGCUGGUGAAGGAGAAACUGCAGUUCUUAACCAGCUACAAGAGAAAAACCAUGCAUUGCAAAUACAGGUAACUCAGCUGACAGAGAAGCUGAAGAAUCAAUCAGAAAGUCAUAAACAAGCCCAAGAGAAUUUGCACGAACAAGUGCAGGAGCAAAAGGCACAUCUAAGAGCUGCUCAAGACCGUGUGCUCUCCCUGGAAGCAAACAUCACUGAACUAACCAGCCAGCUAAAUGAAAGUAAAGAGAAAGUUUCACAACUUGAUGUACAGGUAAAAGCAAAGACAGAAUUGCUACUUUCAGCAGAAGCAUCAAAAGCUGCCCAAAGAGCAGAUCUUCAGAAUCAUCUGGACACUGCCCAGCAUGCCCUGCAAGAUAAGCAACAGGAGUUAAAUAAGGUCAGCGUUCAGUUGGAUCAGGUUACAGCUAAGCUGAAUGACAAGCAGGAAUACUGUGCUCAGCUGGAAGCCAAUCUUAAAGAGAACAAAGAGAAACGUCUUUAUUUAGAACAGAAAACUGAAGAGCUAGAGGGACAGCUUAAGAAACUUGAAGCUGACAUUCUUGAUGUUAAAGCAAGCAAAGAACAAACCCUUCAGGAGUUACAGCAGCAGCGACAGCAAUCUACAGAAUUAGAUCUCCGAACAGCAGAACUGAGUAAACAACUUGAAGCAGCAAGAGAAGCGAUGUCUAGUGCUAAAUUGGACUUACAGAAGAAAUCUGAGGCCCUUGAACAAGCAAAACAGCAAAUUUCAAAGCAGGAGGAGGAAAAGGCCAGCCUCAAACAAAGCCUUGAGAAAUCAAAUCAAGAUACAUGUAAACAACUCAAGGAAUUAGAUUGUAAAAUGCAAGCAGCAACGUCAGAGCUGCAACAAGUGAAAUUAGAGAAGGAUAAUCUAUUAAAGGACCUUACAGCUACCAAAGACAAGCUCUCAAAAAGUUCUGAAUCCUUCAAAAAAAGAAAGGAGGAAUUAGAAAAAGAAAUACAAAAAGGAAAAGCAGCUGUGGCAGAAAUGGAAAAGUCUUGCCAAGAAGUAAAACACCAGCUCCAGGUACAAACAGAGUCUGUAGCUAAGGAGAGGAAUGAAUUGAAAAACUCACUUGAAAAAAAGGAUGGGAUUUCUAAGCAGUUGUCGACAGAACUUGAUUCAGCACGAGCGCAAGUACUGGAAAUUCAGGGUCUUCUGAAAGAGAAAGAAAAAAGCGAACAACAUCUCCAGGGAAAGCUGAGAGAGUUAAAGGAAUCUUUUGAGCAGAAGAAAAAACACAGCGAGACAUUGCAAGCUGAAUUAAAAACUGCUCUUUUAGAAAAGGCAGAACUGGAGAAUAAACUCCAACAGCAGUCUAUUUUGUCAGCACAGGAGCUUAAAGCAGAGAAAGUCAAGCUAACAGACUUACAGAAGACUCAUGAAAAACAUAAGGAAAACAUGGAGAAGCUGCAGCUGGAUCUUUAUGGGAAAGAGUCUGAGCUGCUGGCAACCAGGCAAGACCUUAAGUCCACAGAGGAAAAACUUGCUCUAGCUCAAGAAGAAUUAGUUUCCAGCAGAAAUCGAAUUGCUAGCAAUAAUCAGCAGAUUCAGGAACUGAAGAAAGCAAAGGCUACACUGGAGCAGGAUGCAUCAAAGAAGGAGCAGCAACUGGGUGAGAAGACCAAAAUGUUACAGGAUCUUCAGAAUGACAGGAUUUUGAAAGACAAAGACUUGGCUAAUGAAAAAUGUAAAACAACAGAGCUCCAAGAAAUAAGGAAUAGACUUGAAAAAGAAAGUGCUAAGUUGAGUGAAGAGCUUAGAGCCUGCAAGCAAGAAUUCGAGAAGGAGGUGGGAAAUCUCAAGGAUGCAAAACAGCUACUGAUUCAACAGAAAUUAGAGCUGCAGGGCAAAAUAGAGAAUAUGAAUUCAGCUCUGGAACAGGAAAAAAAAACCCAUCAAGCUGUCAAAGAUCAGUUGAAAAAGAGAGAAGAAGAGCUGAAGAAAGAAUGUGCUGAAAUUGAAGCUAAACUGCACACAGAGAAAAAAGAGAAAGAAGAAGAAAACCGGAAACAUGAGGAAAAGGAGACCAAGCUCACCAUGCAGGUCACAGCUCUGAAUGAAAAUCUGGCUACCAUGAAGAAAGAGUGGCAAAGCAGUCAGAGGCGAGUGAGUGAGCUGGAGAAACAGACGGACGAUUUACGUGGGGACAUUGCUGUCUUGGAAGCAACAGUGCAGAAUAAUCAGGAUGAGAGAAGGGCGUUGCUGGAGAGGUGUAUAAAAAGUGAGGGAGAAAUUGAAAAGCUUCAAGCCAAACUUGUAGAAAUGAAGAAAAAGCUGGACAACACUACUGCUGCAAUGCAGGAACUUGGCCGAGAAAACCAGUCAUUACAGAUCAAACACACCCAAGCUCUCAACAGGAAGUGGGCAGAAGACAAUGAGGUACAGAAUUGCAUGGCCUGUGGAAAAGGCUUUUCAGUGACAGUGAGAAGGCACCACUGCAGACAGUGUGGAAAUAUCUUCUGUGCUGAGUGCUCAGCAAAGAAUGCCUUAACUCCUUCCUCUAAGAAGCCUGUCCGAGUCUGUGAUACUUGCUUUAAUGACUUGCAAGGAUGACUGGCUAUCGUGAGUGACAGAGAAAUGUUACACUAAAAUCUAUAAUUUCUGUCGAUGCACUUCGUUCAGCACUCAGACUACUAUUCAGUUUGGACAAUGAUUGUAACACUUGGCAAAAUUUAGUAUAUUUUAAAAUGUUUAUUGAUACCAAGUAAAACUAUUGUAUUUUUUGUGAGACAUGGGCUCAGAUCAUCCAUAUAGCUUAUUGCCAUUUAUCCUGGAAAGAGCUUCUAUGUCUAGAUUAGAAAUAUCCAGUUAUUUGUAAAUAAAGUUUAAACAGAGGAGUAACAAUGUAUUUUUUUAUCUUUUAUUUUUUUGUUCAAGAGAAACAGCGUUUAUGUGAUAUUGCAGUUUAUUCUUGUUUCCUUCAAAGAAAAAGGAAGAUGCAAAAACUUGUGAGGAUUUUAUGUAUCAAAUAUUGCUGUAAAAGCGUAAAUGAUUGUUGCAUUUGAUUGCAUAUCUGAUGUUCUUUAUAACCCCUUGUGAUUUUGUUUUCUUUCUAUCACUGGUUCUUGGACUUUUCUCUCUAAAGUUCGAACUCCACAGUGAGGGUAACGGCUGCACUUGACUCAACUCAGUUUUAUUUGCCCACUUAGAACUUGUAGUAUCAGCACCCAAGCCCUUAUCCAGCUACAGCGCUUGGAUGCUGGAACAUCUUUACGCAUACUGUAUUGCGUAGAUUGUGUGUAUUGCGUAGAUUGUGUGUGUGUGUGUGUCUGAGUAUGUGUGAACAAGUGAUGAGACAAAGUUUAGCUGGCAUUGUAGGAAUAUUACACGGUACAUUACAGUAUUCCAUCCCAUAUUGAUUGAUUUCACUUUUACAUAUUUGGUGGAUGGAUUUUAAUAUUCCAGAAGUCCUUAUAUGUGGGUUUUAAAAGGCAAACAAUACUGGUAGUAGCCCGUAGCGCAUCUCUCCCCCUGCCCAUACCCUGGAAGCCCUGAGAGGCCCUUGUGGUUCUAAGAGACAUCCAGACCUUCCACACCAAGUACCCUAUGAGAAAAAGUCUUUUUUGAGACUGCUGCAGUUUAUCUGACCUUUUCUUCUCUCCCUUCCCUCAGCUUUUGGUGGAAGAAGCUGAACUCCUGCUAUACCUAACAAACCUCAGUUUUCCUUUGCUCUUUCUGACCCCCAUUACAGGGGGGUCUUAAAUGUUAUGUUAAUCAUGAUUUAGUCUGCUCAGAACAGUGCUGUGAAUCUCCUGCUACUGGCUUAGUUAUAAGACAAACAGCUCUAAAUAAGAGGCCAAUGUCUUUAGAUAUUUAUUCAUACUUUCUUUUCUGUCCUUGCAACAGAGGUUUCUUGUAGAGUUUAUGUAGGCUCCAGACUUCUUUUUUGUUGUUUUAUUUACACCUGUUUGUUCUUGCCUGCCUGUCUCUAACUGUUCUUCCCUUUGUAUCUGGUAUUUCAAAAUCAUUAAGGUUAUUUCUUCUGAGUGCGGGUUAUGCCUUCCAAUAUUUAGGGACCCUUUGUGUUAAAUAUACCCUAAUAAAUUCCCCACCUUGAGCCCUUCUGUGUCUUACAAAAUUGUACCAGCUGUUCAGAGAAAAGGACUGUGUCCUGAAUUUCUCUACUUUUUGCCCGAGGUAAGCAAUCAAAUUCUGUCAUAAUGAUGGAAGCUUAGCCAUCGUUAGGCAGGUUCGUUUGCUUUUAUCUAUUGACAGCUCUAUAUGUGAAUGAAGAAGUCUCUUUUAUGAAAAAUGUCUAGUCCUGAUUAGCUCUGAAGUGAAAAAACUUCUUAAUACCUCUUCUCCAGAACUAGUGAUUUAUAUGUUUCAUAUCCCUUCUUAGCUUACCUGUCUAGUUCUACAUUUGCAGCCUCAAGGAGUCUUCCUCAAGGAGUUUUCUUAAAUUCUUAUUUCCCAAAAGCCAGCUGAAUUAUGUAACUGGUUCUUCUUGUAAAAGAGUUUUGGGGUACAACUGUGGUUUAUGUGAAAUACUGACCUGCUUUUCUGGUUCGAACUUGAGAGUUACUUGCUCAAAAGAAACAAUUGCUGCAACAAUUCUGUAUGAGCAGAGCCUCUGGACUCACUGUUUCUCCUUCUCAGUGUAACUGUUUGGCAUAAGAAUCUUUUGAAUAGAAGAUAUGAACAGAAUCUCUGCCUCUGCAAGUCUUUUUUCUGCUUAUUUAUUGAGAAAAUCUGAAGAGUUUGCUUUCGAGCCUUUCUUUGUCUGACACAUGACUUCAGAAAUGUGGGAAAGGUAGAGAUGUGACAGUUGUGCUCCAGCCUAGAUACGCUCUGCCCUGUUGUGUGACGCAUGGAGCCUCCUGCUGCUCUCAGGGUGAAGGACGACCAUGUGGAGCAGAAGGGAUUUUGAGAGGGAAGAGAGAAGCUUCCCGUGAGUGCAUGAGACAAAACACAUUAGGCAGAGGAAGAUGGAAAUCUCUCGGGGAACCAGGGAAAUGGUUAAAAAACUCACUUGUGUUCAGGCUUUUUGCUUUUGAAUGGGAAUGUGUGAAGGCUGGGGAGAGCGCUCUGCAGUAAAGAGGAAGUGGUAGAAGCUCUAGUAGGGUUAUUCUUCAUUCAGCCUUUUGGAACGCCUUUGUGUAAAGACAAGCAGAGUCACCUCACUCCACUGGCUGCUGAAGCAGUGCGGUUCGUUGCCUGCAGAUUAAGCCUUGGCCUGGAGUUCCUUCAGGGGCAAAACCAGCUUGAUUUCUGAAGGUUGCUUUUUGCUGACCAAUUUAUAUGACCAGCUUCUUGAGGGGAUGGAAAUGCUUUAUAAAUACAUAUUUUUAGAAAGAGGGGUUGUUAAAAUCUGGAGGAACGGUGCUGGGUUAGAAGCUUUUAUGCUUGAGCUUUAAGUCUGCAGCAAUAGAUCAGGAUUUCUACAGCUUUUCACUGGAGUAAAUUUAUGACUCCAUUGCUAAAUCUUAUGCUCCUUCUUUUAUGCUGGUCUGUAUUUGUUGGCAAGUGUUGAGUGGCGUUCCUCAGCGGUCGGUACUGGGACCGGCACUGUUUAACAUCUUUGUUGGCGACAUGGACAGCAGGAUCGAGUGCACCCUCAGCAAGUUUGCCGACGACACCAAGCCGUGUGGUGUAGUCAACACACUGGAGGGAAGGGAUGCCAUCCAGAGGGACCUUGACAGGCUGGAGAGGUGGGCCUGUGCAAACCACAUGAAGUUCAAGAAGGCCAAGUGCAAGGUCCUGCACGUGGGUCGGCGCAAUCCCAAGCACAACUAUAGACUGGGCAGAGAAUAGAUUGAAAGCAGCCCUGAGGAGAAGGACUUGGGGGUGUUGAUUGAGGAGAAGCUCAACAUGAGCCAGCAGUGUGCGCUUGCAGCCCAGAAAGCCAACCGUAAUCCUGGGCUGCAUCAAAAGAAGCGUGACCAGCAGGUCGAGGGAGGGGAUCCUGCCCCUCUGCUCUGCUCUUGUGAGACCCCACCUGGAGUACUGCAUCCAGCUCUGGGGGCCCCAGUACAGGAGAGACAUGGAGCUGUUGGAGCGAGUCCAGAGGAGGGCCACAAAGCUGAUCAGAGGGCUGGAGAAUCUCUCCUAUGAAGACAGGCUGAGAGAGUUGGGGUUGUUCAGCCUGGAGAAAAGAAGGCUCUGGGGAGAUCCAAUUGCGGCUUAGCAGUAUCUAAAGGGGCCUACAGGAAAGCUGGUGAGGGACUGUUUAUCAGGGAGUGUAGUGACAGGACAAGGGGUAAUGGGUUUAAGCUGAAGGAGGAUAGAUUUAGAUUAGAUGUUAGAAAGAAAUUCUUUACUGUGUGAGGGUGGUGAGGCACUGGAACGGGUUGCCCAGAGAGGUUGUGGAGGCCCCCUCCCUGGAAGUGUUUAAGACCAGGUUGGAUGAGGCUUUGGGCAACGUGGUCUAGUGGAGGGUGUCCCUGCCCACAGCAAGGGGGUUGGAACUAGAUUAUCUUUGAGGUCCUUUCCAACCCAAACCAUUCUAUGAUUCUAUGAUAAGUUGAUGGUAUAAUAGACCCUAUAAUGCUCUCGGCCUCACUGCCAGGUUGGAAGUUGUGCUUAAGCUUAGUAAAAUGACCUAUGAGAGACAUAAUAAGGGAAACUGGAAAGUGAAAAGCUUUGUAUUUACAAAUCUGCUUGCAGAGUCUGAUUGUUUUGAUGGGCAUAUUGUCAGUAGGAAUGUGUGGGUUUUGUUGCACUGCUUUAAAAUAUAAAUAAUAGGAAAACCUAGUAAAAAAAACCUGGUAACUUUUACCACACUGAGUUAAAGGAUUCCAGGCCAAAUAGUUUAAUGCACAGAUUUUUCAGACUACAAACACAGGAACAGAAGGAAACACUAAUAAAAUGGGAGACUCGAGCCUCGGAACCAGAGGAUGCACAAGUGAUGUGUUUUAACAGCCUCUAGCAAGAACCAGAUUGCUCUGAUUCACUGAGGAGAGGCUGUUACGGAGCAAGAGGUGGAAACAAUGGUAAAACCGGUGCUUGAAGCGGUGGAUGUGUGGGAUCCUCAAGCUGCCUUUGAUUUCUAGCCAUUACCAUGGCAUCAGGAAUGGGACACUGAAGUGUGGGGUUUGUUCCUGAAACUGUCCCCUCUGCAGGACACUCCAUCCACAUUCGGAAUCGCUAGGGGAGCAGAAUAUGAAAGACCAGCUGCUACGUGGGCUGAGACAAACUACAGAAAAGUGUAAAGUAUAGUCUUUUUAAGGGUGGGGAGAGGUUCUUUAAUAUCUUGGAGACAUCACCUCUCUUCCCAGUCAAAGAGCCACAGUCCAUUGGGUCAUAGCCUCCAAAAUGCCAAAUCCUACUGUUCUACUCUGGCCUCACGUCAGCGAUACAAACUUCAUACUUCUGUCAUGCAACCCCUCUGGAGGCAGGUAGCGUUGCAGAAGUCAGUGGCAGGCUUUUGAUCUUAGCUGGCUCUGCUUCACUGUUACUUAUUUCUUCUCUCCAUGUAUUCCUUCCCUCCACUAAUCUUCCCCUUUCUGCAAAGGUUGAGCAAAGAGCAUAAAAUUAAUGAGUCACAGUAGGAAACGUUGCUGUCUGCAAAUGGAGAGGCAAAAGGAAUUUUCUACUGCAGCUUCCAACAGAGGCAAGAGGUUUAGAGGGAUCUCGUUUUUCAGCUGGCUUCGCUCUCUGGCACAAGAGUCCGAGGCUCCUAGGGUACAGUGUGGGUUUUUUCCUCUGUUUUUGGAAGGUUUCAAGUAACCAAGUUGCAAUGGAGUGCUGAGCGCUAGGUACACAAGAACAAUGAAUAACUAUUUUUGUUGGUUUUGGGACAAUUAUUAGGAUUAUUUGUGAAUCCUCACUGGAAAAGCUUUCUUAGUGAAGCAAGAAGGGAUUGGGGAGCAGAAGCAUGAAGUAACCUUGCUAUGUUUGUAUUACAUUAGCAAGAACAAUUGAGUCUCUCGUGCUAGAUUUAAGAGAAGUGACAUCCCCAAAGGAGGGACCUGGAAAACUCAAGUGCUUUUCCGGAUUGUAAAAUGUCAGUUAAAUGCAAAGUGGGAACAAAUGCUUUUUGCAAAACUUAAAAAAAAAAUUAUGACCAGUACUCAGCGGCAGAGAGAAAACUGCUGGAGCUUAAGUUCAAACAGAAUAUAAACUAUGCCAAGAAGAAUGAUACUAUGGUUUGAAUAUGUUGAAACUGAUAAAUUACUCCUCCAACUACCACCCCUCCCACUCUCUCAUUCUUGGAGGACUAGGAAACAACACUGUCAUUUGCACUAUGCACUUUUUGCUGUCUAACUGAAUAUAAUCUACAGUAGGUGGAAUGGCAUCGUUGGCAUUGCAUGUGUAAGCUGUAAUCAAUAGACAGAAGGUUUAUUUUCAGCUGGACUUUUCACUGUAUUACAUUUGGUCCCUUGCUAAGUAAGGAGAAUUGCACUCAUAGUUCUGUCGUACCAAAAAUGCCAUCAUUCUCGGAGAACACAUGUAACAACAAAAAACAUGUAGUCAUGCACACAUUGUCUUUGUAGAGCUUAAUUUUAAGAUUACAGAAUGAGAAAACAUGAAUUUUAUGUAUUUUCAGGAGUCUUGCCAGUUAUCCAGUUCUUAAUUUUUGAAGUCUUGACCUCAGCACCCCUUCUAGUAUAAGUUUAAAAUUACUGUCCAACCACAGCCUCUCCAAAAGCACUAAGUGGUGUACUUUUCAAAACCAGCAAUAAUUGGAUAGUAAAGUCCCUCCACAGAAACUCAGUUGGGUGGGUUUGGUUGGUUGGUUGGUUUUUUUAAGGGGCACUGAAUAAAGAGGUUUGCAUCUAUAGAGAGAACAUUAGAUGCCACUUAAGAUCACAAUAAUGAAGAGGAUAGGUACUAGUUACUGUAAUAAACUCUACCUUUUGUCUGUAGCUCACCACGUACUAUGCACUCGCUGUGCGGCAGAUACAGGAGUAUCUGCUCAUUUGAAGAUUACUGAAGCCCUGCUAACCCUUUUGGAUCAAUGUUACUAUGAAAGCAGAAGCCUGGUAGGCAUGUUUUCCAGUUUUUCUUUCCCCUGUGACCUAAACUGAAAACAAAUUCAUCUGUAUUUCCUGCCUUUUUUGGGUAAAGAGGGCUGGGAAAGAGGGUUCAUCGUUACAUGUCAACAGGCCAGUGCUGGCAGGUCCAGGCUCCUGCUGUUGGCUUUAUGGCAAAGUACUCUGUCGUAUCACACGAAAGCUUGAUUCCUGGCACAAAAGGGAUGUUUAAAAGAAUGUCUCGCUGGGUUAGCAAAUACCAGAACUUUUUAUAGUAAUGCGUCCAAAAUGCUGCUUGUAUAGGAUUUGUCACUUUUGUAAGAAAAGGGAAAAAAAAAAAAAAUCACCAAAAAAAUAAUCAUAACCCCCCCACCAUUUGAUGCCAUUACAUAAGAUUUCGUUUAAACUACCUCUCAGCGUGAAAUUCAAUUUAAGGUUUGCUCACUGUCAUGUUAUGUAAAAGUUAUCAUGAAUGCCAAAAUUGCAAGUUUAUCACCAAAAAGGAAAAAAAGUCCUUUUUUUUAUGUGUUUGAAAGUAUCCAGUAGUUUCAAGUUAUCGUAAACUCUGUUGUAUUCUUUUAACUUCUGUAGUUUCAAUCUUGCAAACUCUAGCUGCUGGACAGGAAAUAAAUCAUAACCAGAAGCUUUCAUAAUCACGGUCUGCUGGGUAAAAACAAUUUUGUAUGCAGCUUUGUCAUUUGGCUAUAGAUAGGCUCAUUCACCAAAUGUACCAUUAAUUUAGUCUAUUUUUUCUUCAGUACUCGAGAUGUGAACUUGAUGAAUGGUAUUCUGUAAUGGGUGCGUGCCACAAAUCACAUUGUCUUGUUUGCCUCUUUUUGGGAUUUUAAUGCUCAGUUUAUUAUUGCAGAUGUGAAUAUUGCUCAUGCAACCUAAUUUCUGUAUAAUUGUAUAAAAUAUAAAUGGAAAAAGUUUUAAGUUCUUACCCAGUAUCUAGAGGUAAUGUAUUAUACUAGUCUUUUGUUGCAGUUUUACCUACAGAGUACUGCAGUUCUUUUAAACUGGAUUAUACCAUCUUGGUAGGUGUAGAUAGAUGAUUUUUUUUUUUUUUGCAUGAGUGUGUUUCAGUUUUGUUUCUUUUUAAUUGAAGUUUGAUUCUCUUAAGUUCUGUUUUCAGUGUUUGUGUUUACUAUUUGUGAUCAUGUAGUUGUGCCUUACAUUGUGAAAGAAUUUAGUCCAGCGUGCACUGUAAUUCCUAAACUCUGCGACUUGGAAGGUGGCUGUCGAUUUGGAUGAGAAAAUGACACCAUGCAUACACCGUUCUGUAUAAACAACGAUGAAAUGUUAUUGAAAUGUCAUUUUUGUUUUCUAACCUGUUAAAGGAAUGAUUAACGACAAUAAAAAAAUAAAUUAGACCUU